GUUCAUAAUAGUCGGUGGCGGGAACCGCACUUUUGAAAGUCAGAAGUGGUAAACGUCUGUAUAGUGUUCUCGAGACUCGAGCUAAAAGCACGUCGAGUGCUCAGUGCCCAUCAACGAUCCAUCGAAAUUGGUUACGAUUUCUUAAAUUAUUAAGUUCGAUUUGUUUGGUAUAUCAGUUUUUUUUUUUUUAAUUUAAUUUUUUUUCCUCCAUUUUUUGUGAAUUUUUCCCACGGUAUAAUUCAUAGAGAAAUUUUGAAUUGGUGGGGGGGGUGGACAAAAAUAAAUUUUUUUUUUUUGUCACCCGCAAACGAUUUGAAUAUUUUAAAUAAUUUAGUGCGUCGAACUCGCGCGCGUAUAUAUAUAAAAUAAUUCUAAAAAAAAAAAGUGAGUGCAACAAUACCAACGAGAUGAUUCGUCAAUUAUUAAAGACGAGGAAGAGAUAUAUUUUUACUGUUUAACAUCGUCGACUUUUUAUAGUGAUUUUAUAUUUUGUAAAUUAUAUAUAUUUUUUAUUGAGCAGUGUAUAAGAAUUCAUUGACCACGUGCGAGUUUCUUUUGGCGCGAACGCAGAAAAUUUUCGCAAUUUGGAUCUGAUAUUAUUGUUCAACUUCUAAUUUAUAAAGAUGGGUUGCUCGAAGACAUGUAUGGAUAACUUUUUAAAUCGAACUUUCUAUAAACUUGGUUACUUCGUUGGAGAACAUCCAGGAUAUUUUAUAAUAGUCCCUAUUCUCUUAGCCUGUAUCUGUUUCACAGGAUACCAAAGAAUUGAAUAUGAAAUUGAUCCCGAAUAUCUUUUUACACCAAUGAACGGUCCGGGAAAAAUUGAACGUGCUGUAGUUGAACAAUAUUUUACUGUCAAUUACACAGAUCAUUUUAAUCUCGGCCGCAUUACGCGAGCAGGACGAUUUGGUCACGUGAUAGUAACGCCAAAAGAUGGCGAUCCAAAUUUAUUGAGAACUGAAGUUUGGAAUGAAUUACGAUUACUUGAUCAAAUUAUACGAAAUGCAACAAUUAUAUUUGAAGAUGAAAAAUAUACAUACGAUAAAGUUUGUGCUCGAUGGCAAAAUAAAUGUGUCGAAAAUGAUAUUUUAAAUCUUCAUCAUAUUAUUCAUGAUGUAGAGACCCAUAAAUUGAAUUUAACAUUUCCAUUGAUGAUUAAUCCAGUUACAUGGGAUACUCAUCUCUUUCCAAUUUAUUUUGGAGGAAGUAAUAUUACUGAAGAUUUGACAAUUAAUUCAGUACCUUCGGUGCAAUUCGCUUAUUUCCUCAUUGCCGGCACUAAACGUCAGGAUGCAAUUGGUUCGAUUUGGGAAGAGAAAUUUCUGGAGGUUGUUGGCAAGGCAGAAAAUGAAAAUAUUUUUAAGCACAUUAACGUUGCGAGAUUUGCUUCACGAUCAUUGGAAUUGGAAUUGGAAGCGAAUACAAAAACAGUGGUGCCUUAUUUCACUAGUGCCUUUCUAUUUAUGGCCAUUUUUUCCAUAAUCACCUGCAUGAUGACUGAUUGGGUUCGAAGCAAACCGUGGCUCGGUUUCCUGGGAAAUCUUUCGGCUAUUGCAGCAACGGCCGCUGCCUUUGGUUUCUGCAUUUACUUGGGGGUGGAUUUCAUCGGUCUCAACUUAGCCGCACCCUUCUUAAUGAUAGGAAUCGGUAUCGAUGAUACAUUUGUGAUGUUGGCAGCUUGGAGGCGAACAGAUUUCACAAGUCCAGUUCCAUUGAGAAUGGCUGAGACUUUGAGUGAAGCUGCAGUUUCAAUCACCAUUACAUCUUUAACUGAUAUGGUUUCCUUUUUUAUAGGAAUAUUUACACAAUUCCCUUCAAUUCAAAUAUUCUGCAUUUAUUCAGGCUUUGCGGUGGUGUUUACAUUCCUGUUUCAUUUGACCUUUUUCACCGGAUGCCUCGCGAUAAGUGGUUACUGCGAGCAAAAAAAUCUUCACAGUGUCUUCUGUUUUAAAGUUCAACCUCUUUCAAAAUCAGGACAUCGAUCUUGGCUAUAUCGUCUGCUAUGUUCGGGAGGAAUUGAUCCUGACGAUCCUCGUAAUGUAAUUGAUAAUCCUGAACACGGAUGUAUGAGUUGGUUUAGAGAUUAUUUGGGCGCAGCUUUAAACAUGAAAUCAGUGAAGGCUCUAGUUAUCAUUGUUUUUGCCGCAUAUUUGGCUGGAGCAUGUUAUGGAUUAACGAAAAUUAAAGAAGGUCUCGAGAGACGUAAAUUAUCAAAGGAGGAUUCCUAUUCAGUCACUUUUUAUGAUCUACAAGAUUUAUACUUCCGAGAGUUUCCCUACAGAGUUCAGAUGAUUGUCAGUGGUGAAUAUGACUACAGCGACCCAGAAAUUCAAUCACAAAUAGAAAAUCUCACAAAAACUUUGGAAGAAACAAAAUGGAUAAGUAACUCUCUCUAUUCGGAAAGUUGGCUACGUAGUUUUCUGAGCUAUAUCACUGAAAAUCAAGAAUUUCUAAAUGUAACGAUAGACACAGAGGAGAAUUUCAUUAAAACUUUAAAGGAAUAUUGGCUUUACCCAUCGAGUCCUUUCUCUCUCGAUGUUAAAUUCGAUGAUACCGGUAAGCAUAUUAUAGGCAGUAGAUUCCUCAUUCAAGCAGUGAAUGUCAGUGGUACAAAUCAAGAGAAAGAAAUGGUGAGAGAUUUGAGAAAAAUUUGUCACGAUUCACCAUUAAAUGCCAGUGUUUUUCAUCCCUAUUUUGUCUUCUUUGAUCAAUUUGAACUUGUCAUACCAAUUAGCAUUCAAUCAAUGUUAAUAGGAGCAGUAGCAAUGAUGAUAAUUGCCUAUAUUUUUAUUCCUGAUGUUGUCUGCUGUUUACUAGUGGCAUUUUGCAUUAUCUCAAUUGAAAUAGGAGUGGCUGGCUAUAUGGCACUAUGGGAUGUUAAUCUCGACAGUAUAUCAAUGAUUAAUCUCAUUAUGUGCAUUGGAUUUAGCAUUGAUUUUACAGCACACAUUUGUUACGCUUACAUGAGCUCAAAAUACAAGACAGCAGAGGAACGUGUCAAGGCUUGUCUCUACAGUCUUGGUCUUCCAGUUGUCCAGGGUGCAAUCUCAACAAUUCUCGGUCUUCUAGCACUCUUAUUCGCAGGAACCUAUAUUUUCCUUGUCUUCUUUAAAAUGGUAUUUCUUGUCAUUUUCCUCGGUGCACUUCAUGGACUUCUACUACUUCCUGUGUUGUUGUCAAUUUUUGGUACAGGUGCCACGCCAAAGAGUAAAGAGGAAGAAAUUGAGGGUGGUAAAAAAUCGAAAGAAGACAUCAGUAAACUUACAAAACCUUAUGUUAUCCCUCAUCCACAACUUUAUUACUCAACUACAACCAAUGGUAAAGGAAGUCCAGCGAUUAGUAUGACGAAUUUUGAAGAGAGAGAUCCAGGAUUAGGAACUAGUGAGGAUAGUAAUUCAACUGAAAGUGGAUCUUCUCAAAGUAGAAGAAGACAACAGCAGGAGAAAGAUGAACAAAAAAAGACAAACGAAUGGAGAAGAUCAGUUGGCACACUACAGGGUUUGUCACAAUUUCAGGCUAAUAUAGCACCACCUCCAGAUUAUCCUGGAGCACCAGGUAAUCAAGAGGAAUCAAAUUCAAUUAACGAUUCUAAACAAAAAGCUUCUUCUAAUAAUAAUGGUACAAGGGAAUAUAUUCGCAGUCGAUCUCAACAUAAUCUUCAUCAACCACCAAGGUACUUCACUGAUCCUCGAUAUCCAUAGAAAAUUAUUGUUUUCAAUUGAUUUUCAUUAUCAAAUUUUGAUGAAAAUAAUUUUUUUCCCUAGACACAUUUUGGGACUGUUUUUUUUUUUUUUUUUUUUUUUUUUUUAAUUAAAUAUUGUGCUACAAUAAAUGAUGACUGAUAAAGUAAUCUCACGAUUUUCAGUGGUCCCGAGUGUAUAUAGAAGACGCUCAGUGAUCUCUACUGUUAUAAAAGGAACAGGCGGCGUUGUACCUGUAACCUGUUGACGAACUUAUUUUCUGAAUUAGAAAUUAGGUGUAUAUUGAGUGCGAACCAGUGUGAUGUGAAUUCUAUUUUAAAAGCAAAUACUCAUUUGAGUAGGGGCUAAGAGACUAUUAUUAUAACAAUCAAGCUAUUUGUAAAAUUUGUGCAUCAACUUUUGAUACACUUGAAAUUUCAUAUUUAGAAAUUUGUAAAGGACAAUAUACUUUUUUUAAUAUUGACGAUAAAAAGUUACAUAACAAUGACUGGAUUAAAGGUAAUUGUCCAUUCUGAACAUGAUAAUACUUAAUUGCUGUGAUAAUCAAGUUCAGAUAAUUAUAAAAAUUAAAUUUUUCAGACAAAUCGAUAUUUACUACUCACUUUAAGAACUUUCUCUAUACAAGAAAAAAAUCACUUCUCAUUAAAUUUUCCCCAAAAAUUUUGAAGAAACAUUUCUUUAUUAAUGUGGUAAAAAUUUCAAAACACUUUGCAUUUAGGAUAAAAUUGAAAAUUUUUAACAUAAUCCCACUUAAAAAAAAAAAAAAAAUUGUAAUUUGAAACUAAACACCUCUAACUCGUAAAGAGUUUAAAAAAUUUUAUCACAAUUAAUGCGGAUUAAAAAGAAACAUUUUAUCAAAAUUUUUGAAAAAAUUUUAAAGAAUAUCAAUUUUUUCACGAAUAAUUGGAGAACGUUCAAAUAUUUUUAAAGAACAUGCCAAAUGAAUCUUGAGGUUUUGAUUUUUCACUAAAUGAAGAUUUUUAUACAAAUCUUGAGAGUUGUUCUCAAAAUUGUUUUCUGUUUUACAAUAUUUUUGAAAUUGAAUAAAUUUUGCUCUAAUUUUGCAGUAAAUUAAAGAAAUAAUUCUUUGUCACGAUAUAUGUUAUAUGUUAAUAAAUUAUUAAUGCAAAUAUUUAAAAAAAAAAUGUUUUUUAAAAGUUAUUUGCAAUGAAAAAGAAUUUAUUUAUUUCAAAUAAUUGAUUACUUGCUUACUAUCAAAUAAAUAUAUAUAGCGAUUAUUGGUUUGAAUACAGUUUAAUUAAUUUUAAUGAAAUUUAUUUGGGUUAAAAAAAUAUUUAUUUGAUUAAUAAUUAAUUUAAUCAUUUGAAUUCAAAUUUUUUUAAUAAUUAUAUACAAUUUUCAUUAAAUGAACUUUAUUAAAUUGAAUAUGUUUUAUUAAACAAAAUAAAAUAUUAUAAACUUCAUUAAAUUUAGAUUAUCAUAAAAAAUUCAUUCAAGUUUCAAAUGCCUACAAAGCGAAAUAAUUAAAUGUUAAAGCAAAUUUUAUUCAUCAAAAUAUUAAUAAAACUUUAAAUAAUUUCUAAAAGUAAUUGAAAUCAACACCCUAGAAAAUUAUUUUUAAAUAAUAUAUACAUACUUUUUAGAAAUAACGAAUUAUUUUUUAAUAAAGUUUAAAAACAUUUUUCCACUUUAAAAUAAAAAUUGUCCAAAUAUUUACACUUUUCAAGCAAAUAUAUGCUCAAUCUCUCUCUCUAUAUAUAUAUAAAUCAAAAGAGAAAAUGUAUUUUGCAUAAAUAUAGUAUGUAAUAGGAAUUGUUAAUUCAAACAAAAAAAAUAAUAAUAAUUAUAAGUCAGAGUGUAAAUGACAAGGAAAAAAAUAGUUUAUUAACUACAAUUGUAAUUGCAUGAAAUUGUUAAGUCGAUUCCGCAAAUGGAUAAUAUUUCCAUUAAAAAAAGAACUGAUGAAUAUAUAAUGUGUACAGAUUAUUAAGUAUCUUUUUAAGUUCGAGAGGAAUGUUUUUUUUUUUUUUUUUUUAAAGAACUGCAAGGCACUUUAUUGAUUAAUUUUCUAUUGUUGUAACAAGUAUUUUGUUUGAAAUAGAGAACAUAUAAUUUGUUCUUCUCGUUAUUUUUCAUAAUUUCUAUCAAAUUUACUUUAUUUAAAAAUGUAUUUUUUCCAUUUUGCUAACACGACAAAAAAAAAACUGCGAAUCGAUCAAUUUUUUAACAUUUAUAAUCGUCGAACAAUAUAUAUAUAUACGGAGAGGAAUAGAUGGUACAGGGUACUAUCUAGAUAGUACCAAGUACCAUAUUUGAUCUUACAUAUAUACGGACAGCUAUCUAGAUUCUAUCAGUUACUAUCUAGAUUGUACGGAGUAACCAUCUUAAGAUCAUAAGUUCUUAUCAUCUAUUUCUCUCUGUGUAUAGAAUUUUUUUAUUCGAAUCAAAUACAUAUAAUAUAAUGUAUUUGAAUUAAAUAAAUAUUUAUUUAGCUCUGAGAAAAAUAAAUUUUUUAUCAUGAAUAUAGUUUGCUAGGGUACCUGAAAUUAACUUUAAUAAAAUGAAUUCAUUUUGGCCAUUCUAAAAAUAUAAAAAUUUAAUUAUACGUCGUUAAGUGCGUUAUUAGUUAAAGAGAGAAUGUAGGUAUUUUUUUUUUAAAUAUAGACAAUAUGGCGAAACUGACAAUAAUGGUGAAAAAUUUUAAAAACGUUGGAUAAGGUUGCAACAUAUGCCAUGCAUCAAAUUAGUUAUAUCACCUCAGGUUUGUUAAUACAUAAUACUUUCUAUAAGAGUGUUACUAAAUGAUCAAUAUUUUCAUGAGAAAAAAAUUCAGGAAAAUUUUAGAUAAUAGUAAUUUGAAAAUAUUUUGCGACCGAUUGUAAAAAUAAAUAUAAUUGCAAAAAUCUGUUUUUUUUUGCCUGUAAAGAUAUAUAUAUAUAUAUAUAUAUAUUUUUUUUUCUACGUAAAUAUUAUUAGGCAAUUUUAAGAAUAAGUAUUUAGAAUUAAGGCGUUUGUUUAAUUUUUAAGCAAUAAAUGUUUAAAAUAAUUGUAUAUUUAUGAAUGAGAUGUUAAAAAAAAACUUGGUUUGAGAAUGUAAAAAAAGAAUAAUCAUGUUUAUAUCAAACAGGUUUAAAGUGUAUACGUGUACGAAAUAUAGUGUUCAAUAAUUUUAUAGGA